UGUUGCACAUGGAAAAUGCAGCCGAGUCACCUUAACAUAAAGUGACCACGCCUUUACCUGGAAGUUUACUGUGCGCCAGUCAUACAGCAACCUGAGGAGAAACCAGACAGAACAUACGAGGUGUCUGAGAUGGAAUUUGGCUGCAGAUACAUUUAUGUUGAUGAGUCUAGAGGCGAUGUACAGCAACACUGCCAUCCUUCUUCUGUAAACAUCCCUCAGAAAGGGAUUGAUGUGCCUGACCAAGCUCCUUAUGACAAUUUUAUGCGCAAAGGAUCUGCAUGUUCUGAAGUUAAUGGCUUAUCACAGACUGGGCCGUCUCCAGAUUCCAAUGUCCACCUAAAUUUUCAGCCAGGAUCCGUUAAUACUGGAGAGCAAUGGAACACACUACCUCCUGUUCCAGAUCGCAAGAAGAAGCCAUCAUUCUUCCAAAAUCCAGGUGUCCAUGAGCCUGAUCUGUCUCUGUAUGACAACUUUGGUUGUAAGGCAGAUUCUGCAUCAACUGGAAAGACUAAUGAGCUGCCAUCGGACCUAACAAAUAAUAGACUGUCUCCGGAAGCAAAUGUAUACCAGGGUCUUCAGUUACCGCCAUCCCCAAUACCAGGGCGUAAGCCACCGCCUCCUAUUCCAGAACGCAAGAAGAAGCCUUCCGUAAAUCAUACUGACAUUUGUACACCAUCAGCAUUUAGCUCCCUGCUUCCGACUUCUAAGGGAUUCGAAAAUGGACCAGCACCCACUGCUUUUAAUAUGAUGCAGCAGAAUCCUCCACCAAUUCCAUUAAGAAAAAGUAAGCCAUCGGAAUAUCGAUCUGGCUUUACCAAAUCUGCAGAUUACGACUAUGCUUAUGAAUACGUUCCCAGUCCAUGUGUGAAACCUAAUGAAACACAUCAAGAUUCCCACCUAUACAUGGAUGUUCCAUCCGCAGAGUCCACAGACCUGGGAAACUCUACUCAAGACUGGAAGCCAACAGGGCAUCGGGCUCCUGUUAUACCUCUGGUUUCUAUAGCCUCUGACAAGUCAGUUUAUAGCAAUUUCUAUCUGGAUGUGCUCCCGGCAGUGCCUGUGGAUCUGGAGAUGCAGAAGACGCCACCUCGAACUCCAACCCGUCCAUUGACUCCUUCACCUCCUUCACCUGUCCCUCCCCCAGAACAAAGGUUGCCAGCUAACUGCAAUAUACUACAUCUGAGAAUUGGCAAGUUGGUAGAGGAUCCAGGCAAAGAAACACUAGACAUAGGAUUUCCAUUGUUGUGCAGCAAGUGUUCUGCUGCAUUCUCUGAGCUCAGUCAUGUAGAAGACAACAAGACAUGGACCUGUGAUUUCUGUAGUACAGAAAACGCCAUCAAUGAACACACACAGCUUGAGUGUACAGGCGAUAACCAGCUUUACCUGCAUGAGAUGGCUGGCAAUGUGUACACCACGGAUGAAGACAACAUGCUGAUUUUCUGCAUUGACAUAUCGGGGAGUAUGAGUGUAACAAUAGAGGUGCCGCAAGAUCAGACCAAUAACUGUAACAACCAUAAUAUCUACCAAUCAAGAAUGGAGGCUGUGAAAUCUGGACUGAUUGAAACCCUGCAUUUCCUUCACAAACAGCAUCCUAGGAGAAGAGUUGCACUUGUAACCUUCAGUGACCAUGUGAAGAUAUAUGGAGAUGGCACUAUACAGCCACAAGUGUUGGAGGACUGUGAACUUCUAGACACUGAUUACCUAAAAUCACAAGGCGAGAAUCAGCCAGUGCCACAAAUAUUAGGAGAGACCCUGCAUGUGCUGGAGGCCCAAAUUUUAAGCCUGCAAGAAAAUGGUGCUACAGCCCUGGGUCCUGCAGCAUUGGUGUCUAUAGCUAUGGCCUCCAAGAGACCGGGAUCUAAGGUGAUAAUUUGUACAGACGGACGAGCGAACACUGAUCUAGGGAAUCUGGAGGAUAUAACUGAGGAGUACAUCUACCGGUCCUCCAAGCUGUACUACAGCAAUCUGGGAGAUCUUGCUCUUCAGCACAGUGUGGUGGUCUCUGUGGUGACGAUAGAAGGAACAGACUGCAGACUGCCUGAAUUGGGACAACUUGCCGAUAAGACAGGAGGAAAGGUAAAUAUCGUACAUCCUUUGAAUUUGGCCAAUGAGUUUCAGUCUAUCCUGGAUGAACAAAUCAUUGCUACUGAUGUUGAAGUAAAGGUUUAUCUGCCCCAUUCUAUGCAUUUCCUCUACGAGGGGCAUAAUGAGUCUGUUCUGACAAAGAAAAUCGGAAGUAUGAAUCCAGACACUGGAUUGUCUACAGAAUUUGCUAUCCAUUCAUCUAAAACUAAAGAAGCCCUGCGGCAUUCCCAGCUCCCAGUACAGGUGCAGAUAACAUUUACCCUCCCAGAUGGAAGAGCCAGACAUCGGAUCAUAAGCCAGAAGAGGCCAGUGACUAAUGACAGUGUUGCUGCUCUAGAAGCCAUCAACCUGAAUGUCCUACAGAUCCACAGUGUUCAGUUCUGUGCCCGUCUUGCUAUGGAAGGACAUGUGAAUGAGGCCACUAAAGUUGCUUUAGAGCUUAAAGAGAUCAUAGAGCAAGUAAUGAGACAUGAGAAAUAUGAGGACCAAGGAGUCACGUAUGAAGACUGGGAAAAUACUAUGGCUCCCAUCUAUGAAGAUCUGCAAGUUUAUAGACAAGAAGAAUCAUCAAAGAACGAUGUGGACACCACCAAAGAAGUUCCUGUACUGAAAUCAUUUUCAGAUGAAAUGGCAAAGAUGAUUUUUCACAUGAAGCGAACCAAGAGCAAAGUGCUGAACAGAUGGAAACAUCAAGCAGAAUAAAGGAGGAUAGAAAAGGAAGUAACAGAAAUGCUAUCUCAGGACUUUACAACCCCUCAGGGGUGAACAUUGUUGUUAUUAACAAUCUCGGCUACAUACAAUUGCCCUAUUUAUUGUUUGUGUGCCCCCUCUAGUAGGAGAGAUGGUUACAAGGUAAAUGUAUCUUGGUCAACCGCUGGCAGGUUGGGCGAGUCACCAUUAUCAUAUAUACCUCGUAAACUCCAGCAGGGAGCAUGUCACUCCACCCCAAUACAAUUUAUUGCUAUCUUGGACACAUGUAGUGAGGAAGUAUAGUGGCAGCCAUUGCUGAUCUCUUCUGAAUACACUAGUUGCCUGAAUUACUGACUACAUGUAUGCAGAUCAGAAGUUCUGACUUCCCUGCUCUGCAUGUUAUUCACCAAUGGAAGUCUCCAUAAUGCUGUUGUGUUCCCCUUGCCAAAUCUUGAGCAGGAAUGGAUGGAAGUGUGACCCUAAAAACUAGGCAAGUCAAUAAUGAGUAAUAAUGCUGGAUAUUCUACUUAAUCUUAAAACCUGAAACAUACCACACAUUUUUAAUGAAGAAAUUAAAUUUUGUAGCCAAAAAGAAUUCCACUAGAGCUGUAUGCAAUC